AAUCUCCAUACACAGCCAACAUGCACGCUAGGCAUGAUCCAUGGUUAUCUAGGCAGGAAUUUUCCCAAUAACCAGUUGAAUAGACAAGGGAAACAACCUCAAUUCGUCUAGGUACAGUAAUAACACGGCAGUUUUUCAAUCCUGUUUAAUAUUAUUGUAUUUAAAAACUGGGUUGUUUUCAGUUUUAUUAUGCCGAAAAUAAAAAAAAGAGUUGUUUUCAUGCAGGUCCUUGUUUUAUGAAACACCUUAUUAUCCACUCUAAUAGGAAUAAGCAAUGUCGUACAGACAAUUUCAAACUCAGAAAUGUACACCAUUUCUCAUGUUAGUUUUAAAUACAGAUAUAGUUUACUUAGCGAAUUUGAUGGUAUGCAGCAUUGGAAGUGUUUACUUUUUGGAUUUUCUUGAUGUAAUUUAAUAAUACAUAUCGGAAUUACGUCUUACCAAGUACACGUGAAUUAAUAUGCAAUAUUUAAUAUGCAAAUGCACUCCUGCGAUAAAACUUGCAUGCCUGAGUAGAGAUCUAGCUGCUUAUGUUAAAACCUCUUUUUAUUGCCCAAAGAUUUGUGAAUGUUAAUCUACCGAUCUCGCUGUUUCAGUGCCUACUAUUGUUCGAGAGCUGGUUGUGUAACCAAGGUUAUUAACUAUAACGGCAUAGACGGCGCUAUUAAGUGUUAUAAGUGCGCGCGUUACACUCCAACAAGUCGCAAGUUACCGUAAACAACAACAAUAUUUCAACUAACAUAUAAUUCUAUUGGCGAUUAUAAAUAGCAACGAGGUUAGGGUUCAUGACACAGAGAAGCAAUUUUCCUUUUCAUGCAUCUUGCGCGUGCUUCAUAUAUAUAUAUAUAUAAUAUGAAAGUUCAUCGCUCCCGAUGAAUCAGACAUCAAAUAGCGCCCGUAAAACGCCGGACCUCUAUUAAACAAGAAACAGUUAUUUCUUCGAGUACUCUACCGACGUGAUCAUGGCUGAAUACGAACUCGGGACGGUUCGUGACGAGGACGAGGUCUGUCUCCGGAAGUUGUCGGUGUACGCCACUCUGCGGCCCGGGGACCUGGACCGGGCCUUACUGAAGCUGACAGAUAUUCGGCGGCCGCUGAGUGACCUUUCCGAGUGGACCCGCGACAAAAGGGGGCACUGUGAGGUUCUUCAAGAUAGGGAAGAUGUGCCGGUCCCGGAACAAUUAGAGAUAAGGGAACACGAGUUGCUAGUGAAAGGUUUUGACGUUGACAAGCGCAUAAUUCCCGGUUUCCGGUACUUAAUCCGCUAUAUCGGCGCUCGCGAGUACCUGUUCAACGGCGAGGCGCGGCUGCUGGAGACCAUAGGCCUUGGAUACGGGAAACGCCUCACCUUCCAGGGUGACCGCCUCAACUUCAACGACUGCUACUUCUGGUCGGACAGCAGCACCGACGGCUUCGCGUUCUCCGUGGAAGCGAUACGUGAGGGCAACUCGUUCCUGGUGUUGACCGCCGACCUACAGGAAGUGGGCACCGUGCAGGUACACAAGGUGGACUACCCGCAAAAGGAGCUGGGAACAAGGGUGGAAAACUCCGCCGUUACCAAGGAGGUGAGGGUGCGGUUUGCGUGUUCCGUACGGCACCGCCAAACACGGAGUCUUAUCAACGUGAGUACGCAGAACUUUCAGGUGGCGGAGGGAGUGGCUGAACUCGUCAAGGAAAGAGGCCAGAAGGAGGCGACAGUCACAUGCAUUCGAGGCGUCCGCAUUGAGACAAUUGUUGUGUGUACACUACAUAUGGAUCUGUGAGAGCAGGUCGGAAGGUGUCUCAGUGGAACUGUCAUGAGGCGAAUAAAAGGCGUACAUCGGCCACCGAAAAUUGGUCUGAUCGAAUACAAAUCCGAUGGAUGCCAGAUUUUUCUUGCACAUGCAUAUACAAUGCAGAGUUUAGUGUCAUUAAAGCCACACACCUUGCCUCUGACUUUGAAAUGAAAUACAUGUACAUGUUAAUCAAUACAUAUAGAUGCAAUUUGAAAGUGUGCAAAAUUGUCAUUAAAUCUAUAGCCUUGUUAGCAAGUAAUCUAUUAUUAUCUUCAAACGGUACCGCUUUUAAAACCGAAAGUAUUAUUUCUAGACGUAUACGUCCAUUCAUUUCGACAAACGCGAUUAUUUUUAAGUUUUAAAGCGCAAAAAGACAGAUUUCUACAUUGUAACCACCAGAUAUAAUCUAAUUGGCAUAGAUACAAUUAAAUCUAUAGCCUAGUUAGCAAGUAAUUUAUUAUUUUUCAAACGGUACCGCUUUUAAAACCGAAAGUAAGAUUUCUAGACGUAUACGUCCAUUUUGACAAACGCGAUUAUUUUUAAGUUUUAAUGCGCAAAAAAGACGGAUUUCUACCUUAUAACCACCAGAUAUGUUCUUAUUGGCAUAUAUAAAAUAUGUUUCUUAUUUAUAUUUAAAUUAACUAUGCCAAAACAGAUGUGUGGCUUUAAUUGUUUCUUUUACAAUGGACUAGGAGCCUUGUGUAUGUUCAGUUUUUGCUGCCAAUGCCUAAACAAUGCUGGGCUAACUUAUGCCCGCAUGAACAUUCUUACCUGUUCAUAAUUGACAGCACAUGUACAUCUUACCCAGUGCCCUGGACUCCCAGAUAGAUCUGUCAGCCACAUGUGCAUUAAUGACGAUGUAUUAUGCCAGUAUGCAUAAGCAAUGCACUGCCAUUGUGUACACGUGACGCAUUUGACCAUAUCCUUCAACUUGGUUUCUUUGGCACGUACAUUGGCUGUUUCUUUAGGUGUCCAACGAUUUUACAUUAUACAAUAGAAAUUGUUUUGUUAUUGGCAUUAUUUAAUAUAUAUAUAUAUAUAUAUAUAUAUAUAUUCAGCAUUUAAUAUACAUUUAAAAACAAA